CGCCUGCUGCUCUGUAAUAACCAAGUAAUAACUCUCGGUUAACUCGGUUUCGGUCCUCUCGGUGUUUCGCACCUGCGAAAGCCGUUUCGACAAUGGCUUUCCAAAUAAUAAGUGCUUGCAGGGUUUUAACAAAACCCUGCAUGAACGCACGUGUUUGGAGCACCGGAUUGUUCCAAAAUGGAUCGAUCGAUCGUCUCGCGGAUUCAUUCAAGAUACAUGAGCCAUUGAAAUAUCAAGUCAGGAACACGGCCUUUUUCAACAAACUGCCAGCUGAAAGUUUAUGGAAAGGUGUAACCAGUGUUAGUAACGCAGGAAAAAAGAGAGGUAGAGGAAGAGGAGUCGGUAAAAAAAAGGUAAAAAAUCUCAAUAUCGGCCAAACGGUUGGUGUUGGAAAAUACCAAAUGGUUUGGCCGGGUCUGACUCAACCUAUAAUGAGGGGCAAAGAGCUAGUUCAACAAAAAGCGUUACCCGAAGAUCCUGAAAGGAUGACUAAGUUGGUAAAGCUAAGAGACUCCAUGAAGACUUAUAAGAGAGUUAAAGUAUCACCUUUGGAACGUGGCUGGACUGGUGGUAAACCAGGAGGAAGGAGCAUCGGACCUCCCGAUCCGAUUGGAGCAGAUACAUUUGAAGGGUUCGACUCCAAAAUAUUGGAGUUCAAGACGGUCGCGCAUAUGGAUGGAAUCCUGGGAAAACAAAGAAGCAUAAGCGUGUUCGCAGUGACCGGUAAUGGUAACGGAUUGACAGGUUUUGCAUUGGCAAAAGCGCCGGAUGGAAAGCUAGCAAUGAAGAAGGCAAAAAAUCGUGCUGCACAGAAGCUUAUGUACAUCGAGAGAUACAACAACCACACAGUGAUGCAUGACUUCUUCACACAAUUUGGCAAGACAAAAUUAUUUGUCAGCAAGAAAAACGAAGGUUACGGUCUCGUUUGCCAUCGGGCGAUAAAAACAUGCUGCGAAAUGAUCGGGAUAAAAGAUCUCUAUGCUAAGGUCGAGGGAUCGACGAAUUUACAGCAUAUUAUUAAAGCUUUUUUCAUUGGAUUGUUGCAACAAAAAACCAUGUCGGAGUUGGCGGAGGAGAAAAAAUUGCAUCUUGUUGAGAUGAAGCGUGAGAAUGACAUGUAUCCGACGGUCGUAGCUUCCCCAUCAGAAGUCCGAAAAUGCGAUGAAAUUAAGUCGAGCGAAAUUAUGGAUUUCACUCAAUACGUUAUGGGAGGUAAACUGAUAUUGAAGAAAAAGAAAUACCCGCCAUUUUACACGAAGCAUUAUUCGUGGAAAAUCAGACAAAGGAAACAAGUGUAUCUCCGAGACAAGGACGAGGUCCGCACGCGAUUGUAUGCCGAUUACGGCGAGUUGCGUAGCUUUUUGACCGACAAAUAUCCCGAAGCAACACCACGAUUAUGGAAAAAGAAAGAGCCAGCCCUGGAAGAAGCGGAAUAAGCUGAAUGUCAUCGGUUCUUUUUUUAUAUGUGCAAACCUUCGACGAUGGGAGUAUUGUAAAUAAAGUGAAAAUGUGAAAAUUA